AUGUCUCUUAACACUGAAUCCGAGCCCUCCAGUCCCAAUCUCGCGCCUGUGUCCGAAACCGUGCCUUUGAACCGCUCCGCAGACCUCGAUGCUUCGUCCGCUUACAAGCUCAAUGCCAAUGUGCUAAAUCGUGCCAUCCAGGAUAUCGGCAUGGGACGGUAUCAAUGGCAGCUAUUCGGGGUUGUCGGGUUUGGGUGGGCUUGCGAUAAUCUAUGGCCUAUUGUUACAUCCCUGAUACUUCUUCCCGUUACCUACGAAUUUCGCGUUUCCCAACCACCUCUCUUGCUUUUGGCACAAAAUCUAGGCCUCCUGCUUGGUGCACUGUUUUGGGGAUUCGGCUGCGAUAUCUUUGGCCGACGGAUGGCCUUCAACAUGACAAUUGGAAUUACGGCCGUAUUCAGCUUGGCGGCCGCCGCGUCUCCAGGGUUUACUGCCGUUUGUAUUUUGGCGGCACUCUGGUCCAUAGGUGUUGGUGGAAAUCUUCCUGUGGACUCGGCCAUCUUUCUCGAAUUUCUUCCCGGAUCACACCAAUAUUUACUCACUAUCCUGUCAAUCAACUGGGCCCUAGCGCAGUUCCUGGCGAAUAUCGUCGCAUGGAUGCUAGUGGGUAGGUAUACUUGCCCCUCUGCCGAUGGAUGUACUAGAUCCGAAAACGUGGGUUGGCGAUACUUUAUCGCCACUAUGGGAGGACUGGCUCUGUUGAUGAGCGUCACCCGCUACUUCUUUUUCACUCUUCUAGAGUCCCCUAAAUUCCUCAUGGGGAAAGGAGAACACUACGACGCCGUUGCUGUUGUCCAUGAGGUUGCUAAACGCAACGGAAAGAGCUGCAACCUGACCACCGACGAACUGCAAGACUGCUCGAUUGGCGAAAAUGGAGAUGGAAGACGGGAACACUACUACCACCGUCGGGGAUUGACCUUGCGUGACCGGCUGAAACUUUUGUUAGAGCCUUUCACGCUCACGCAGCUUCAGUCUCUAUUCUCCACUCGGCGCCGCGCUUUGGCGACGACUCUCCUAGUCUGUAUCUGGGGUUUGAUUGGCAUCGCCUUUCCUUUAUAUAACGCCUUCUUACCGUACCUGCAGCAGGAGCGUGGGAUAGAAUUCGGAGAUGGCUCCACAUACUUGACAUAUCGCAAUUCACUGAUUAUUGCCGUCGCAUCAAUCCCUGGUAGCCUUGCCGGUGGCGUGAUGGUGGAGAUGCGCUCAUUGGGGCGCAAAGGUACGCUGACCCUUGCGACGAUAAUGACAGGAGUCUUCCUCCUCGCAUCCACAACCGCCACGACAUCGUCCACCUUAUUGGGCUGGAAUUGCGCGUACGGCUUUAGCAGCAGUCUUGUCUAUGCCGUGCUGUACGCUUACACGCCGGAAAUCUUCGAGUCUAGAAAUCGCGGAACGGGCAAUGCCAUUGUCAGUGCUGCAAAUCGGUUGGGCGGCAUUCUGGCACCUUUGGUAGCGAUGGGUACGGAUUUGAAGAGCACAGCGCCGGUUUAUGUGAGCGGUGUGAUAUUCUUGGUAGCUGGUGGGUUGGUACCUUUGGUUCCAUACGAGUCCCGCGGACGGGCAAGUGUGUAG